AUGUCUGACAUCGAGGAGGGUACGCCUACCAAUAACGGGCAACAGAAGGAGAGAAGAAAGAUAGAAAUCAAGUUCAUCGAGAAUAAAACAAGGCGCCAUGUGACUUUUUCAAAGAGGAAACAUGGUAUUAUGAAGAAGGCUUUCGAACUAUCUGUGCUAACAGGCACACAGGUACUGCUACUUGUUGUUUCAGAAACUGGUUUGGUAUACACUUUUAGCACGCCAAAAUUUGAACCUAUAGUCACGCAGCAAGAAGGUAGGAACCUGAUCCAGGCCUGUUUAAAUGCCCCUGAUGAUGAAGAGGAAGACGAUGAGGAAGACGGCGAAGAUGAUGAUGAUGACGAUGAAGAAGAUGGUAAUGAAAUGCAACGUCAACAACCGCAGCAACAACAGCAACAAGUAUUGAAUGCACAUGCGAAUAACUUAGGUCACCUGAAUCAAGAUCAGGUACCGGCAGGCGCGUUAAAACAGGAGGUUAAGUCACAAUUGUUAGGCGCCAAUCCUAAUCAAAACUCAAUAAUUCAGCAGCAGCAACAUCACACUCAGAACCCGCAACAACAGCAGCAGCCUCAGCAGCAGCAACAGCAACAGCCUCAGCAAAUGCCACAGCAUCCUCGACCACAGCAGGGAAUAGCACAUCCGCAGCAGUCACUGCCACAGCAACAACAGCAGCAGCAACAGCAGCAACAACAGCAACAACAGCCCCUCACCGGUAUUCAUCAACCUCAUCAGCAGGCUUUUGCUAACGCCGGCUCUCCCUACCUGAAUGCCGAACAAAACGCAGCCUACCAACAGUACUUCCAAGAGCCGCAACAAGGCCAAUAUUAA